CGCCUUUCAUUAUUCUGGAUAGGGUCCCGAUGCAUAGAUUUGCCAACGGACGCCAAGAGUUACCUUGUGCCUAUCUUGGACUAGCUUGAUGCUCAAUUGAAGCAACCCACGAAACGACGUUCAUGCUGAACGAAUGGAGAGGAGGGCAACCAAGGCGGCUCUCCGGGCCGUUGAAGGACUUCAAAUCCUCGAGAGUCUUUAAAUCUGUCGUAGCCAUCGUUUUCUGUUAGAAGGGGUUUGCUCAAACUGAUCCGGCCGAUCCCGACACUCCCGAUCGACCGCCCUACGGCAGUCUCUAAUUUAAGCUAUUGUGCGCUCCACAAUAUUUUGGCAUAGCUAAAUAAUUGGGUCGGACGAACUGCACCGUCCGUCUGGGUCAAAGUACAGUCAGCCGACAGCAUUUUCCCAAAUGGAGGAAUGCCCUCUGUCCCAAGCUUGCGCUAACUGAAAAGUGGCGCUUCAAUGGCUACCACUCGACUGGGGCCCGGUUUGAAUGAGCUCGCCUUCUCGCUUAGGACUCUGCCGAAAACUCUAGAUGCGUUGAUUAGGUAGGAUCGGCACCUUCCCGGCGUCUUGCCCGUCAAUCUGCUGUACCAUUAGCCGUUGUGCACUCUGCCAUGCGCGGUGGUAUAAAAUCCCAGGCAUCCCCACAGACGGGACAGAAUGGAAUGCAGGUUCCGAAUACCAACACGGUCGAGCGUUGAUCAACAGCACGAGCAAAAGCUUCCAAGUGGGGCAUUUUGGUAAAGAUGCCGAGACAAAGACAAAAGUCAACGCGAGCCCAGGCGGGGAUUCACUUUAUCAUCGCGGAUCCAUCCUCGAGUCGAGAACGACCAGAUAAUCUUCGAAUAGUCCGAUCGCAUGUUGGGAGAUGGAGAUGGCAGCAAGCGAAGCAGAAAGCUGAACGGGAGAGUCCGCGGAGUAGUGGCACCGAUCACUUCCCCACCCGCGAGUCCUCUCACGAUUACCGAAGUUCAGAUUCUGAGACGAAUGAUUUCUCGGCUGGUGACAUAUUGGGAGACACGGAAACAGAUGCGGAAUCGUACCCAUUCCUGGUACCCGAGUCAGCGGUGCCUGGUCAGACAUACUUCGGGCAAGAUCUGCUCGACGAGGAUGUCUUCACCUUUUCUCAUCCAGAAAGUGAGAUAGGUCUACCAGACCCCUGGGAUGAGCAAAACGCAGCGAUGGAUUUUGACUAUGGCUCGUCUAUGUGUCUCAGUGGAAUCAGCCCAAGCAUCCUGGAUCCUUUCCAGACCAUUGGGGCAUCGCCCGUGUCACCGGACCUCGUUAGUAGGUGUAACAAAUACUCAUUGUCAAUCUUGUGGCCCGGUCUGAUGCCCAAGUCGUCCAUGGGAGCAACUCACGUCGGUGUGCAAAGAUGGUUCGCAAGUUCUACUUGCAGCGCAGCACUCCAUAGCACCCUGCUAUAUGGAUCAUACUCCCACAGACGAGCACUGUGGCUGGUGAAGCAGCGAGGUCAUUUCAGCACUGAGGAUGCCAAGCAAAUGGCAGUUUGUGAGGCAGAGGCUAUUGCAAGAAUCAACCGUGUCAUCAAGAUUCCUUCUGAAGCGGUCACGGAUUCGUUGAUCUUGUGUGUGUUGUGUUUGGCCACAAACAAGUUGGAGAAUCCAUUAUGGGAAGACAUCACCGAGUCCCCAUUUCAGUCUCCGUUGCGAAGUUUGCAGUGGCUUGACGUGUACGGCCGCUUGUCUCCACAUCCAGUUCACCAAGCCGGGUUGCGACAACUGGUGUCGCUAAGAGGGGGCUUGGAGAAACUUGAGCUGCCCGGACUCGCCACUGUGAUUGCCUUUUCGGGCGUCUUGGGCGCUAGCCGAGCACUUACCCGACCUACCUUCCCGUACAUUUCAAUUCGCGGAGGCACCCGAAUGACCUUGCAAGACAUAAUUGGCAUUGACGACUUUUCAGAACACCCAAAGUCCCAAAUUUCCGAAGGCGAGCACGUCAUACCAGAGAUGCAGAAGAUUUUCCGAAGCUUGCGGAUAUACCUUGAACUCAUCGAAGCGUUCCAAGAUGGAAUUCAGUUGGGCAUGGACACCCUUUGCGACUAUCGGAACGUUAUUCAGUGGCACAUCAUGUCCCUACUACCGUCCAGUCAGCUUGGAUCAGCUCACGUUAGCUUCUAUCCUCUGUACGAGUGCUGUCGUCUGGCUUUGGUUACCUUUGGGAUAGGCAUCAUAUUCCCUCUCCCGCCCCAAAAUGCUCCGAUGGCAAGCCUCGCUGAGAUGCUUCAGAUUGAGCUUCAAGCGUACAGCCAAGUGAUUCAAGACGAACCACUCGAAGUUCUAAAGCUGUAUGGUUGGUGUCUCAUGAUGGGUGGGAUUGUAGCAAAGUGGUCAUCCCAUAGGAGCUGGUAUGCAACAAAGCUCAAGCUCUAUGCCACAUUACGGGGCUUAUCGACUUGGUAUGAACUGAAAAUGGAGUUGGGGGCGGUUUUAUGGCUCGAUAGUGCCUGUGAUGUGGCAGGGAAGACGAUGUGGGAUGAAGCGAGGAGGGCGUGAUCUUGUCAUUCUGGUUGUCAAUUUAGCGAGCUUACAUAGAAUAUAAGAAUACUCACCACUCAGUA